AUGACGAGAAGCGGCCGGGGACGUCUCCCCCGGCGAUCUGUCCUCUUCCUGUGCUUCGUGACGCUGUUUGUCGAGCGCGGAUCUCGGCCUUCGGCGGCGGCGGCGGGGGGAGAGAAGGAGAUCCUGCUGCAGUUCAAGGCUUCCGUGAGCGAGGACCCCGGGGGAAGCCUCCAGUCAUGGGCGGCGGCGCCCGGGGCUGAUCCCUGCCGUGACUUCGCCGGAGUGACAUGCAGCGCCGCCGGUGAGGUGGAGAAGAUCCACCUCCACGGCACGGACCUCGCCGGUGGUCUCUCCCCGGCCCUCGCCGGGCUCCGAAAUCUGCAGAUCAUUUCCCUCUUUGGGAACCGAUUCUCCGGCGGGAUUCCGCGGGAGUACGGCGGGAUCCUCACUCUCCGGAAGCUUAAUCUCAGCCGAAAUGCUCUGUCCGGGGACAUUCCUGGAUUCCUCGGGGACAUACCGUCCCUCAGGCUGCUGGAUCUCUCGCGCAACUCCUUCUCCGGCGAGAUCCCCGCGUCGCUGUUCAAGAGCUGCUUGCGGACGCGGUUCGUCUCCUUGUCCCGGAACAACCUCUCAGGUCCCGUCCCGGUCUCCAUCGGCAACUGCGCGAAACUCGCCGGCAUCGACUUCUCGUUCAAUGGCCUCUCUGGAGACUUUCCUGAGAAGAUCUGCCAGCCACCGGAGAUGGCCUUCGUCUCCCUGAGGAGUAAUUCCUUGUCAGGGGAUUUCCCCUACAAGGCCUCUUCGUGCCGUAGCUUGGAGUUCUUGGACCUCGGGAGUAACUCGUUUAAAGGACCGCUCCCGUUCGAACUCCUCGAACUGAGAAAUCUGAGCUACCUCAAUGCCUCAUUCAACCAUUUCGAGGGCGAUUUUCCCGAAAUAGAGGUUUGUGGGGAGAACCUGGCUUUCCUUGACCUCUCCGGCAAUGAUGUACGUGGGGCGAUCGACCCAGGGAUAGCCAACUGCCGGGGGCUUAGGUUCCUGAACUUGGAGUCGAACAGGCUGGGCGGGAGCAUUCCGUCAGAGUUGGGGGAUGUGAAGCCUCUCUCCGUCCUCAGGUUGGGAAACAAUGAAAUCAGCGGGACGAUCCCGGAGUCUCUCGGGAGGAUGGAGCUUCUCAUUUUCCUGGACCUCCACGGCCUACAACUCUCCGGCGAGAUCCCCUCUUCCAUUACCAGCUGUAGAUUCCUCCUCCAUCUGUGAGUCUCGUACAAAUCAGUGAGGUUUUCCCGCGGUGGGGGGCAAUGUGACGGGGACUGACUACUUUUCGAACACUCCUUGCAGGGAUGUCUCAGGGAACGGGCUACAGGGGGAGAUACCUCAGAAUCUUUUCAACAUGACCUACCUUCAGUUCCUCGACCUACAUCGGAAUCAGCUCAGCGGGAAUAUUCCGGCGAGCCUAGGCAACCUCACCAGGCUUGAGUAUCUCGACCUGUCGGAGAAUUCGCUGGCCGGGCUCAUCCCAGAAUCCCUCGGUAACUUGACCCAACUCACCCAUUUCAAUCUCUCCUUCAAUGCCCUUUCCGGCGCCAUUCCUUCCAAUCAGGCCAUCCAGCAGUUUGGCCCCCUGGCCUUCUCCAACAAUCCCGGCCUCUGCGGUCCCCCUCUGGACACAUCCUGCUCGAAGAGCACUGCAACCGUGUCUCGAAGGACCAAGCGGCUAACUAUUUCCGCCAUUAUAUCCAUCAUCGCCGCCGCUAUAAUUUUUGUCGGCGUCUGCGCAAUCACAUUUGUCAACAUCCGGACUCGGAGGAGGAAAGUGUCGAGGCCGGAGGAGGUACUGGUUUCUGAGAGCACGGCACCCCCUUCUUCGGGUACCAAUGUCAUCAUCGGGAAGCUAGUUCUGUUCAGCAAGAGCCUGCCGUCAAAGUACGAGGACUGGGAAGCAGGCACCAAGGCCUUGCUCGAUAAGGGCUGUCUGAUUGGAGGAGGGACGAUCGGGACUGUCUUCAAGGCGACUUUUGAAGGGGGCGUCACCAUCGCCGUGAAGAAGCUCGAAACACUGGGGAGGAUCAGGAACCAGGAGGAGUUCGAACAGGAGGUCGGCCGACUUGGUAGCCUUCGUCAUCCCAAUCUCGUGGCGUUCCAGGGUUACUACUGGUCGCCGACAAUGCAACUGAUUCUCUCCGAGUUCGUCCCCAAUGACAACCUCCAUCAGCACCUCCACUCUUCUGGAUACUCCAGCAGCAGCAGCAACGGUGGAAGAAGAGGCGACCUGUCCUGGCCGAGGAGGUACAGGAUCGCCCUCGGGACAGCGAGGGCUCUUGUCUACCUUCACCAUGACUGUAAACCCCAGGUACUGCAUCUCAAUGUCAAAUCCACGAACAUAUUGCUAGACGAGAACUACGAGGCCAAGCUGUCCGACUACGGCCUGGGGAAGCUUUUCCCCAUGCUUGGCAGCAGUGGCACGACGAAGUUCCACAGGGCGGUGGGGUAUGUGGCUCCUGAGUUGGCCUCACAAAGCUUCAGAUUCAGCGAUAAGUGCGACGUCUACAGCUUCGGGGUGGUCUGCUUGGAGAUUGCGACGGGGAGGCGGCCAGUGGACAGGUCGGAGGAAUCAGAGGUGACCGUGCUGUGCGACUACGUGAGGGCUAUGUUGGAGAAGGGCAGAGCCUCGGAGUGCUUCGACAGAACUCUCGAUGGCUUCGCGGAGAAUGAACUGACACAGGUCCUCAAGCUAGGCUUGAUCUGCACUUCGGAAAACCCAUCGAGGAGACCGAACAUGGCGGAGGUGGUCCAGUUUUUGGAAUCGAUUAAACCCACCUCGUCAGAAGGAUAG